AGUACGUACCCGUUCGUAAUAUUUAGAAAAGCUGUAAACUUAUAUUUAUUCUAUAGCAUAGCUUUCGCAGUCUGAACUCAACGAGAGGUCAGCAUGGCAUGUCUCUUUUUUGGCACGCUCUUGGCAGCAUCAAAUUUCGUCGCACAUGUUGAAGCAAUCUCAGGGCAAACCCCAAUGGACUCAAAUUUAGAUUAUGGACUAGGUGUGAUUGUAAGAUUAGACAAGGGCAAGUCAAGCACCUCUCUCACAAAGCGAAUGAAUAACAAAUUCGGAGACAAAUUCGACAAGAAAGUGCGUGGGGUAAUGUCAACCGGAGCACAAGAGAUAGUUGCUUUAGAAGAUCCCGAUCUGGAUGUACUUGAAAGUGUUCUAGCGGAUGACGAUGUGGCUGCUGCCGAGUACAUUUCGCCGUACGCGGCAAAGCAUGAAGCUGGUAGUGCACAGCCCGUGUGGCACCUUGACAGAAUUAAUCAGCGAGAUCAAGAUUUAGAUGGGGACGCCGACCAACAUGUGAAUAUGCAAUCUGAUGGAAAGAACGUUGAUAUCUACGUGGUUGACUCAGGUGUCAAUGUACACCAUCCGUGCUUUCAUAAGGCGAUAAAUUUCUACAAUGUUUUCACUGAUGAAGAUGCUGACGACUUUUACGGGCACGGAACGCACGUGGCAGCAUUAGUGGCCGGCGCUGGUUUUGGCCCAGCAACAGGGUCUGCAAUCCACAGCGUGAAAGUGCUAGACAGAAAUGGUGCAGGUAAUACGCUUACAAUAUUUGCAGGGUUAAAUAGAAUAUUGGCCACGGUUACGAAGCACAAAGAUGUACCAAAAUUAAAUAAGUACCGAGUCAUUGUGGUGAUGUCUCUCACCGGACCGCCAUCGGCGGCAAUUGAUGCGAUUAUUGUACAGCUGUAUCUCGCAAAUGUAUUAGUUGUGGCAGCAGCGGGUAACCAGGGUGCAAAUGCAUGCGCAUAUAGUCCCGCUCGCAAUCCGGCAGCCAUAACAGUAGCUGCAUCCGAUCCUUAUGAUCGAUUCGCCUCUUAUUCAAACUUUGGACCAUGUGUCGAUAUUAUUGCACCUGGAACGGACAUCACGUCUGCUUCAAAAGAUGGAAGUACGAUUGUAUACUCUGGAACGAGCAUGGCAGCACCGCUAGUUGCUGGUGUGGCCGCGACGAUAUGGUCUCAGGAAAAGAGGUUGAGCGCUAGACAAGUUCGCCGAAAUCUGAUGUUGGGCAGUACGUACAUGAACGGCAUGAACGGUGUUUCGGAGAUUUUAUCCCGGUCGGCAACCCCCAACCGGUUUCUGUUCAGUCGCCUGGAAGUCACAGAGGUGGCGUAUACUGAUUUUGAAAGUGGCGCGAUAACCUUCGCAGAGGUCGCUCAUGCCGCUGGGUUUGAUACAACCAAGUCUAUGUAUCACUGGGACGAGUGGACUACCGAAAGAAGAAGGCGAUAUGGGUCAAAAACUGAAGCAACUCUUCUUACCGGAGAUAUAUAUGAGGCAGACCGCAGAAGGUAUUAUGGAUCAUACUAUCUAACUGAUACAAGCAGUCUGAUGAGCUACGCUGGAGUUGCCGUGGCGGAGGUCAAGCCCGAUGGGAUACUGACAUUGAAUGGAGUCCAAGACCAUUUGAAUCUGGCGGGUGGUGCUCCCGAUACUCUGGCAGUUUAUCUCUUUUUGUAUAGUAUAGGCUAUGCGGAUGUUUCGCUGACAAAGUAUGACCAAUCGAGAGACGACGGAACUGUAUUCGGUAGUGUGGCAUUGCAGGAUGAAAUCUUGUUCGAUGUCGCUAGUAAAAGAUAUGUAGGUUAAGUAUGACGAGGUUUAGACGAAC